AUGUCGGUUUCUUCAUCAUACUGGUGUUACACAUGCGACCGAUUCGUUACCGUUUGGACCCAGGAUUCCGUCACUUGCCCCGAUUGUAAUGGUGGGUUCGUGGAAGAAAUCGACACUCCUGACCGGCGCAGCCGUUUCCCCGCUGCCUCCAUGUACAUGAUGGAAACCCCGGAACCCAGUCCCCGCUUGGGGUCGGGAUCCAGCUCGAGGCUCAGAAGGAGCCGCAGGAAUGGGGGUGACCGUUCACCUUUUAACCCGGUCAUCGUGCUCCGUGGGCCGAACGAGGGAGGAGGUGGACCGGCAGCUGGAGGAUUUGAACUGUAUUACGAUGAUGGAGCUGGAACAGGUUUGCAGCCGCUGCCUGCUAGUAUGUCUGAGUUUUUGCUCGGAUCGGGUUUUGACAGAUUGCUAGACCAGUUGGCUCGAAUUGAGGCUAAUGGUAUCGGGCGAAUCGACAUUAAUCCUCCAGCCUCAAAGGCCGCUAUCGAAUCGAUGCCCACAAUUGAGAUAAUUGAUGAGCAUAUUGCCACUGAGUCUCACUGUGCAGUUUGUAAGGAGGCUUUCAAGCUGCGAAGUGAGGCUCGAGAAAUGCCUUGCAAGCAUUUAUACCAUCAGGAUUGCAUCUUACCGUGGCUGUCAUUGAGGAAUUCGUGUCCAGUUUGCAGGUAUGAGUUGCCCACUGAUGGUAAUAACUAUGGUAAUAGCAAUAGUGACCCAAGUGAAGUGCAUAGAGGAGUAAACGAGGUGGGGAGUGGUGAUGAGACUGUUGGAUUGACGAUAUGGAGAUUGCCUGGUGGUGGGUUUGCUGUGGGCCGUUUUUCGGGAGGGAGGAGGGAUGGGGAGAGGCAGUUGCCAGUGGUAUAUACUGAGAUGGAUGGUGGGUUUAAUAACAAUGGCGUUCCAAGAAGGAUUUCGUGGGGCUCUAGAGGGAGUGUGUCACGGGAGAGGGGUGGAUUCAGGAGGGUUCUGCACAGCUUGUUUGCUUGUUUUGGCAGGGGUAGACCAUCAACUUCUAAUUCUAGCUUGGAUUAUUAA